CAGCCCCUGGAGCGACCAGUCCACGGAGUAGAGGAGGGAGCCCCAGCUGCCACGCCACUACUACCGAGAACGAGGACUUCAACAUGGACUCUCUCAAAGUGCUGCUCCGGAUGGCCACGCUGCUGUGCGCAUUCAGAUUUUCGAUUCAGGGCGAAAACCAGCGGCGCCUGUACCAGGACCUGAUGAUGAACUAUAACAACCUAGAGCGGCCGGUGCAGAACGACUCAGAAACCCUCGUCGUAGAAUUUGGAAUGACCCUUAUGCAGAUCAUGGACGUGGAUGAGAAGAACCAGGUCCUCACCACCAACAUCUGGCUCCACAUGUCUUGGAACUCCUACACCCUCCGUUGGGACCCAGAGGACUACCCGGGGGUCCGCAGCGUCAGGUUCCCCAACCAUCAGCUCUGGAAGCCGGACAUCCUGCUCUACAACAGUGCAGAUGAACGCUUCGACGCCACGUUUCAAACCAACAUCCUGGUCCUGAACACAGGCCAAUGCUCCUACAUCCCUCCAGGCAUCUUCAAGAGCACAUGUAAGAUCGACGUGCGCUGGUUCCCCUUUGACGAGCAGAGGUGUGAGCUCAAGUUCGGCUCCUGGUCCUACGACGGCUGGGCUAUUGACCUCAAGAUGUUAGACGCUGACCUGUCUGGGUACACGUCCAACGGGGAGUGGGACCUCGUGGAGGUCCCGGGACAGAAAAAUGAGAGGAAGUACCCCUGCUGUGAGGAGCCGUACCCCGAUAUCACCUACACUGUGGUGAUGAGGAGGCGCACGCUCUACUACGGACUCAACCUGCUCAUCCCCUGCAUCCUCAUCUCCACCCUGGCUCUGCUUGUGUUCCUGCUGCCCGCCGACUCUGGGGAGAAGAUCUCACUGGGCAUCACGGUGCUGCUCUCUCUGACUGUCUUCAUGUUGUUGGUGGCAGAGAUCAUGCCAGCCACUUCAGACUCUGUGCCGCUAAUUGCUCAGUACUUUGCCACGACUAUGGUGAUCGUGGGUCUGUCAGUGAUUGCCACAGUCCUGGUCCUGCAGUAUCACCACCAUGAUCCCAAUGGAAGCAAGAUGCCCAAGUGGACACGAGUAUUUCUGUUAAACUGGUGCGCCUGGUUUCUCCGGAUGAAGCGUCCCGGAGAGGACACAGUGCGCCCUGCCUGUCCCCACAAAGGUGUUCGGUCCACCCUGAGAAGCAUGGAGACUCCCCCUCUCUCCUCUGGCCCCCAGAACAACACCAGUAACAUGCUGUAUGUCAGUGUCAGGGGCCUCGACAGUAACCCUCACUCCACACCCGCCACCUCCCCUGACUCUGGGGUCAUGUGUGGGAGGCUGCUGCGUCCAGGGGAGGAGGAUUUACUCAUACCCCCCACUAACAGCUUCCCAGUGGGCAGUGUGGAACCGGAGCUUAGGAAGAUCCUGGAUGAGGUCCGCUACAUCGCCAAACGCUUCCGGGAUCACGACGUAGAGGACACAGUGUGCAACGAGUGGAAGUUUGCCGCCUGUGUGAUCGAUCGCCUCUGCCUUAUGGCCUUCUCCAUCUUCACCAUCCUCUGCACCAUUGGAAUCCUCAUGUCCGCGCCCAACUUUGUGGAGGCCAUUUCCAAAGACUUUUUCAGUAAUUAAAGAGGGGAAAUGAUUUAUAGAGCAGUCAGUGUUAAACAUUUGGACUCCUGAUGAAGCUGUAUUGCUGCUGGUUUCCAA